AGACAGCAGAGUCUCACCAGUUACAUGUUUAUUCUCUCGUCGGAAAGUGCGUCCUGGACAGUGUCCCGUGUCUGUGUGUGUGCCUGCGUGUCGGUCUAUUGUGAGCCGUGUGUUUCCGACCUUUGGUGGGCCGGCCAGGUGUCACACCCCUCCCUCCCUCCCUCGGCAGCAUGAGUCACCGGGAUCCGGGUCCACCCCCGCCUCGUUGGAUUCAUUGUCCUCGGAAAUCGCACGAUUUGAUCGCGGGCAAGUUUCUGGCCUUCAAGACGCCCUGUGAUCAACGGUUCGACCCGCAAAUCGAGCCCCAGUUUCGGUUCCCGCCCAGCAUGAUCUUCGACUCCAUGAAAGGCUACAAAGUCAAGAUUGGUCUGUGGAUUGAUCUGUGUAACACAUCGCGCUAUUAUGACAAGACUUUGGUCGAGAACGUGGGUUGUAGUUAUGUCAAACUACAUUGUCGCGGUCACGGAGCCGCACCCACUCCCGAUCAAGUGGCCGCCUUUGUCAGUUUGUGCUCCAAAUUUGUGCGUCAGAACCCGUUGGAGAUCAUAGCAGUUCAUUGCACUCACGGCUUCAAUCGCAGCGGGUUCCUCAUCGCUUCAUAUUUGGUCCAAAUCGACGAUUGGAGUCCCGAAGCCGCCGUUGAGAACUUUGCCCGAGCUCGGCCCCCGGGAAUAUAUAAGGACGACUACCUUCAAGAACUCUUUGCUCGAUAUGGUGAUGCAACGGAUGCGCCGGCCGCUCCGCCUCUGCCCGAAUGGUGCUUUGCCGAAGAUGCCGAAGACGAUGUGGACGAUGAUGGACACGCUCAAAACGGUGGGGCCAGUAAUUCCAAUGGGGCUGGAGGCUCAUCCGGCUCGUCCUCACGUCGACGAGAGUCCAACAAGAAGAACCCAACUUUCAUGGCUGGGAUCUCUAAUGUUCAUCCGGUUAAACAGCAACCUCUCUUGGGUGAAAUUCAAAAGAAGUUCCAAUACCUGUGCAAAUGGCGAUCAAACGGAUUCCCAGGAUCCCAGCCAGUUUCCAUGGACCGCGUCAAUGUACGCAAUUUGGAAGAAAUGCCAUACAAAGUAUCAUGGAAAGCAGAUGGGACGCGUUACAUGAUGCUCAUCGAUGGACUCGAUCGGGUCUUCUUUGCUGAUCGUGAUCAUUGCAUAUUUCAAGUUGAGAAUAUGAAAUUCUUUCACCGAAAGAACCGCAACAAGCAUCUGGAAAACACCCUGGUGGAUGGUGAGAUGGUGAUCGACCAAGAUGGUACCAAGUCCAUUCCCCGGUACCUCGUUUACGAUAUUGUGACCUUCGAAAACGAGCGCGUGGGUGAAGCCACGUUUUCAGUCAGAGCUCUCUGCAUCGACAAAGAGCUCAUCAAAUCGCGAGCUCAAUACGCGGAAGAAGGUCUCAUCGACAAAUCUCAAGAGCCUUUCAGUGUCCGACAAAAGGACUUCUGGCCUCUACACGACACGCCCAAGCUCCUGGGACCGAAGUUCACCAAGGAGAAACUCGGUCACGAACCCGACGGACUCAUCUUCCAGCCCUCGAAGAAGCCGUACACGGCAGGGCGAGACGAUGAUGUCCUGAAAUGGAAGCCCAGCACUCAUAAUUCCGUCGACUUCAAGCUCGUGGUGCAGAAGGACUCCCGACCAGGGAUGUUGCCCACCACCAUUGGGUUAUUGUACGUGGGAGGCUUGAACGUCCCUUUCGGGGAAAUGAAAAGGCUCAAGAAGGAAGUCAGAGAGUUGAACCACAAAAUCAUCGAAUGUACCUGGGACGCAGAGAGAAAAGAGUGGGUUUUCAUGCGCGAGAGAACCGACAAAUCAUAUCCAAAUUCGUUUAACACCGCCAAGAGUGUUGUACGGAGUAUUCAAGAGCCGGUGACUGAAGAGUUCCUCUUGGAUUUUAUCGAAAAUCAUGCUUACAGAGAGCCCUUCCACCAACAGCAGCACCACCACCAACAGCAUCACCAACAAAAGCGUCCACCUCCUCCGGUUCCUAUGGGCCCACCCAAUCCGAAACGGCCUCGAAAUUAAUCCCAGCUAUUUUUGCGAUCACUUAUAUGAAGUUCAGUGUACAUAUAGAAGUGAAACAUCGCCCUGUUAUGUGAAAUGCG